AUGAAUGCAAGUAGUCAAUCAACAAUUGAAUAUCUUAAUUUCAUAAGAUUUCAAUUAAAUCGUUAUAUUCCAAUAACAUGUCUUAUUCUUGGAAGUAUUGGUCAUAUAUUAAAUAUAUUAGUUUUUACUCGUCCAUUAAUUCGAAAAAAUCCAUGUUCAAUUUAUUUUGUUAGUGGUAGUAUUGCAAAUUUUAUUUCUCUUUAUGUUGGUAUAAUAACACCUUUUCUUGGAACAUAUAAUCUUGAUCCAACAGAAACAUCUAAUAUUUUAUGUAAAAUACGUUUUUAUCUUCGUUAUUCAACAAUUACACUUUCAACAUGGUUUAUUCUCUUAGCAUGUAUUGAUCGAUUAUUUUCAACUUCUAAUAAUAUUAAUAUUCGAUUAUGGAGUUCAAUAUAUUUAACUAAACGUAUUAUAAUUUUAGCUAUUAUUAUUUGUCUUAUUUGUCCUUAUACACAAGUAUUUUAUUGUUAUACAAUAUCUCAACGUGCAUCGUGUACAUAUACAAAUCAAACAUGUAAAUUGUUGAAUGAUAUUAUUUUACUUAUAUGUAAUUCUGGUUUACCACCUAUAUUAAUGAUAUUAAUUAAUAUAUUAACAAUUCGUAAUGUCAAAUCUUCAAAUCAUAUUGUUGGUGGUGAUUAUUGUUUUCGUCGUCGUCGUCGUCGAGAUGUACAAUUAAUACGAUUAUUAUUUAUACAAGUAUUUU